AUGACACAUAAUUUCCGUUCAUCGCUGUCAUUCUACACUAUUUCAAAACCAUUCAAUUGUCCGAGUUUUAUUAGCAGAGCAAUUUUAUGUAAGUUAAAAAGUUAGUAUAUUUCUAAUACAUAUGUCAGUACUCUUCACAAGCUCAUACUCGGUCACAAUAUACUUUCUCAUGCUUCAAUAUAUUUAUCGUUACCUGGCAAUUUUCAAGUAUGUUGCACAGAUUCAUUUAUCGCUUUGAGUAAAUAAUUUUCAGCGUGACAAACUUGAAAUAUUUCAAAGGACCCAAGAACUUUCUUAUUAUUGUCAUCAUUAGUGUAUCAAUAUUCUUGAGUUGGUGUGGAUGUACUCAAUUUGGGAUUCCAGAUGAAUUCAGUGACGAAUAUUUGAGGUGUGUUUGUACCAAACUUUUUUGUCAUUUUCAUAAUUAUAGAAAAGAAAUGAAAUGGGUUUAUGGAAUGGAUAUUGAGACUGUUGUUUAUUACGCAGCAAUAAUUUAUGAUGGAAAGAAAAUUCGUAUAAGAAGUUUGAUGUUUUUAUCAAGUUUAGCUUUCAUAGUUUCCACACACUAUGCAGUUAUUGUUUAUUGUGGUACGAUGCUAAAGCUGCACAUGGACGGAAAAAUGAUAUUGUUUUCAUCCCAAUACAAAAGGUUAAAUCACCAAUUAUUCCGUGCUUUGGUUAUUCAAAUAGUGGUUCCAACAGUGUUGAUGUUUCUUCCUGUACUUGCUAUUUAUGCAUUACCAUUCUUUGAUUUUGAUAUAAGUAUAAACACAUCCCCUGUCUUAGCUGGUCUCUCAGUUUAUCCUGCAACUGACGGUCUUGUUGUCAUUUGCUGCAUAGAUAUUUUCAGAAACUUUGUCAUAAGUAAUUUCAAGUUCUCAUUCUAAAUACAAUUCCAAUGUUUUCAGGACGAGUUCGAAGUUUUCUCAAAACAAUAUUCUGUUAUGACCAUAAAAUUAUCAUCGUCAAAAACAGAACUCAACCAGUUGCUUGAACAAACAAAUGUUAUCGGAUGUUUAACAAGUCUUCAGAAGGUUUUCAAUUAUGUGUUCUUGAUCUUUUAUUUUUCAUUACCAUAAAUAGAAUAAAAAUAGUCCUUUUUGUUUUUGUAAAAAGUCCAUCGGGAAAUUAAUUUUUUCAAUAUAAGAAGAAAUGCUUUCAAAACAAGUACAAAAUACAGAAAUGUGUACAAGUUCAGAAAAACAAGAACAAAAAUAGAACUUGACGGAAGACGUAUAGGAAGAAACGGUUGGUACGGUAUACAUUUAUUUUGAGAUCAUAAAAACAUCCGGAUGAUCUUGAAGAGUUAUUUUAAGCCAACAGACAUCUAGAUACGAAAUAGUAUUGUCUCAAAAGUGCUUUGACAAAAUUCUCCCCUAGAUACAAAUUGAGAAAAUUGAUUAUUUAACAUUUACUAAAAUGGGUAUCUACUGGAUUGAUUUUACCAACUACUUCACUUUUAUUGGAUUUAUAGUAACUUUCUCAAUAAAUUUAUUUUUGAUCCACAUUGUACUGAACUACUCAAAAAAUAUUAACAAAACCUAUGGUUAUCUGAUAAUUUCAUUUUCGUGUAUGGGAAUGUUUUUUGCCACGUCAGAUGCUUUUGUUAAACCAGUAACUCAAAAACUCAGGUUAUUUUAUAAAGAUUUAAAGAUUUCCAGCUUUUGCAUAAUUACAAUUCUUCGUUGGUUUACUUCAGUUUAUCAAGACCGUUUGGUUGUCCAAAAAUUGUAACAAAAAUAUUGAUGUGUAAUGUUUCAAAAUUAAUUUCAGAAAUUUAAAUAGGUUUUCAGUGAUUUUCACCAGCUCAUAUUUUAUAACAAUCCACCUUAUCGCAAUUCAAUUUGUUUUUCGAUAUUGGCUAGUUUUUGAUAAAAAGAAAAUUAAAUACUUCAAAGGUAUAACUGGAUUAAUAACAUGGGGUGGAACAAGUUGCACAAUGUUUCUAGUUUGGAUAACUGUUAUCAAUUUCUGUGGGAUGCCAAAUGAGUUUAUCGAUGAUUUUUUAGAGUAUGUCAUCAACAACGUUAAUAAGUUCUUAUGAGAAAUAUUAUAAAUUUGCAGUGAUGAAAUGAUGAAAGUCUACGGUUUGGAAAUUCGAAAUAUAGAACAUUUUGCAUUAUUGGUGCACAGUUCGAACUUUGAGACAAAUCUAAAAGGGACAUUGUGUGUUGUUGGUGUUCUAAUUUUGAUACUUCCAAACUACAUAGUGAUUUUUUACUAUGGUUAUCAUUUAUGGCAUUCGAUGGAUGAAAAUGUGAUAUUUAUCUCAACACAAACAAAAAAUAUUCAAAUACAAUUCAUCAGAGCACUUUAUUUUCAGGUUCUGUCAGUUGUUACCUUGUUCCUAAUGAGAUACGUUUUUUCAGAUAACAAUCCCAUCUGUGGUAUUAUUUAUACCAGUUCUUGUUGUUCAUACGUUACCAUUUUUCAACUUGAACAUUAGUAUCUCUACAAUUAUUUUCAUCAAUGCUCUUGGUUUUUAUCCAGCUAUCGAUGGACUUGUGGUUCUCAUUCUCAUUAAGGAAUUCAGAAUGGGUGUCAAACGUAAAUAG